CAAAAAAAUGUACGAUGAUUCACCCAGACCGAUAAAUGAUGAAAACGAACCAGAUACCCGGAUUUGCUGUUGCCAUUCAGAUUCACCAUGGUAUUCAAAAUUCUGGCCAGUGAUAUUCCUAUUUUCAAUCUUGACUGAUUAUCCUAUGCCGUUACCCAAAGGCAAAAAACCCGGUCAGCAUAGAGACUGGGGAUUAUUGCCCAUAGUUAUGGUUUGUGGGUUAGCUAGUUUUGUUUAUUAUGGAUAUACCUCACGGAUUGUUUUCGUCUUGUUAUGGGAUCUCAAUCAUCGAUCCCAAGCCAUCGUAUACCUGGCUAUCUUUACCUUUUUUUUUACAUUGUUUCUUGUUUCCUAUGCUAGAAUCGUAUCACAAAAACCAGGUCACCCAAAUGCUACACAAAUGAAACCAUUUUCGAUUUUAGGAGAAUCAAAGUGGUGUGACGUAUGUCAACUAUGGAAGCCAGAUCGGACUCAUCACUGUCGUGUAUGUGGUGCUUGUGUCUUAAAAAUGGAUCACCAUUGUCCAUGGGUCAAUGGGUGUGUAGGUAUUUCAAAUUAUCGUUUCUAUGUCCAAUUCUUAUGCUAUGUCACACUACUCGGUACUUGGAUAUUUACAACUUCAUUAGUUGCAUUUAUUCAAUUCAAUGGCCUAAGCACAUUUGAUGGGAUGGCGCUAUCAAUUUUGAUAAUUGGAGGAAUCAUUACGUUCAUUCUCGGUGCAUUUACCAUGUCUCACCUCUGGCUUAUUUUGAAGAAUCAAACCACCAUUGAAAAUUCCCAGUUUCAGAAAUGGAAAAGAGAGAAACUAUCUGGAAAUACACGAUUGAUACCAAUGUUUACAGAGAGUGGAAAAAAUGUGUUUGAUCGGGGCUACCGACAGAAUUGGCUGGAAGUGAUGGGCAGUAACAGAUUACUAUGGUUUUUACCACUCAUGUCGAAACAAGGUACUGAUGGUGUACAUUUUGGCCACAAUAGCCAAACUCUAAAAGAGUAUCAAGAUGAAGAUGGGUCACGAAGAAUAAAGGCCCAAAUGAGCGCUAAAUAAAUUUAUGGUGCUUAUAAAGUAAAUAAAUUUUCUUUUUCUCUCUUCU